AAAAUGGUGAAGAUUUGCUGCAUUGGAGCUGGGUAUGUUGGGGGCCCAACAAUGGCAGUGAUAGCACUCAAGUGUCCUUCCAUUGAAGUGGCCGUUGUUGAUAUCUCUGUGCCUCGGAUUACCGCCUGGAACAGUGACCAGCUUCCCAUCUAUGAGCCAGGCCUCGAAGAUGUAGUUAAGCAGUGCCGAGGCAAGAACCUCUUCUUCAGCACAGAUGUGGAGAAACAUGUAUCGGAGGCUGAUAUAGUCUUCGUUUCUGUCAACACCCCAACCAAAACUCGGGGUCUUGGAGCAGGCAAAGCAGCAGAUCUGACAUACUGGGAGAGCGCUGCCCGCAUGAUUGCUGAUGUGUCCAAAUCUGACAAAAUUGUUGUGGAGAAAUCAACUGUCCCAGUCAAAACAGCCGAGGCAAUUGAAAAAAUUCUGACUCACAACAGCAAUGGAAUUAAUUUCCAAAUACUUUCAAAUCCGGAGUUUCUUGCAGAGGGUACUGCAAUUCAAGAUCUAUUUAACCCUGACAGGGUCCUCAUUGGAGGCAGGGAGACUCCAGAAGGCCAGAAGGCAAUCAAAACUUUGAAAGAUGUUUAUUCUCAUUGGGUCCCUGAAGAAAGAAUCCUAUGCACCAAUUUAUGGUCUGCAGAGCUCUCAAAGCUUGCUGCCAAUGCCUUCUUGGCACAGAGGAUCUCAUCAGUUAAUGCCAUGUCAGCUCUCUGUGAGGCUACCGGAGCAGAUGUUACCCAGGUGUCAUAUGCUGUUGGUAAGGACACAAGGAUUGGUCCCAAGUUCCUGAAUGCUAGUGUUGGCUUUGGUGGGUCUUGCUUCCAGAAGGAUAUUCUGAACUUGGUUUACAUUUGCGAGUGCAAUGGCCUUCCAGAGGUGGCGGAAUACUGGAAACAAGUCAUCAAGAUUAAUGAUUACCAAAAAAGUCGUUUUGUCAACCGCCUCGUUUCUUCUAUGUUUAACACGGUUGCCAACAAGAAAAUUGCUAUCCUCGGAUUUGCCUUUAAGAAGGAUACAGGUGACACACGAGAGACCCCAGCCAUUGAUGUUUGCAAGGGACUCUUGGGUGACAAGGCACGAUUGAGCAUAUAUGAUCCACAAGUCACUGAGGACCAGAUUCAGAGGGACUUUACAAUGAACAAGUUUGACUGGGAUCAUCCCCUUCACCUACAGCCAAUGAGUCCCACCACUGUCAAGCAAGUGAGUGUUGUUUGGGAUGCCUAUACGGCAACAAAGGAUGCACAUGGUAUUUGCAUUCUCACCGAGUGGGAUGAGUUCAAGACUCUAGAUUACCAGAAGAUAUAUGAUAACAUGCAGAAACCCGCUUUUGUAUUUGAUGGUAGGAACAUUGUGAACGUUGAUAAGCUGAGGGACAUUGGUUUCAUUGUGUACUCGAUUGGUAAGCCGCUGGAUGCAUGGCUAAAAGACUUGCCUGCCGUGGCCUAAAAGCAAUGGUUCAAUCAGGUGGCUGUGUUGGAACAAAAGAACAAUAGUCAUGAGGGCAGUCUAUUGGAUUUUUUACUAUCUUUUCUGAUUUUCCGUACUAUUAACUAUUAGUCGAGACAAUUAUUCAUGUUACUAUGUGCGACAAAGGAGCUUUAUGUUUUGCAUUACAAAUGAUAUUACAUUUUAUCUGGUACUGGUGUUGUCAGAGAACCAGAUUUCCUUUUUGUUUGCCUAUUAACAAGUUGAUCUUUAGAAACAAUGUGUCUAUGUGAUCUCUCUCUGCAUUGAGUUUUGUGUCUCUUAUGCUUUCUUUAUUGAGGAACUGGUAACUACUAACCAAUUCUCGAAUGUAGCCC